AUGGCCAACAAGGUGGCCGUCGCCAGCGUCAUCGCCGCCGUCGGCGUCGUCGCCGUGAUCGGCACCAUCGCCGCGGUCACCAGCUCCAGGAAAGGGGGCGAUAACAAUGGCGCGAUGUCCGCCAACGUGAAGCUCGCGACGAUCUGCUCCUCGACGCUAUACCCGGCCAAGUGCGAGCAGAGCCUCAAGCCCGUCGUGAACGACACCGCCAACCCCGAGGACGUCAUCCGGGCCGCCCUUAAUGUGGCGCUGGACGAGGUGGCCGCCGCGUUCGAGCGGUCCGCGUACAUCGGCAGGGAUGCCAAGGGCAACCUUACCAAGAACGCCAUGGAGGUGUGCAAGAAGCUCCUCGCCGACGCCACCGAGGACCUAAGGGACAUGUCGAGGUUCAAGCCCGAGGAGGUGGUGGGUCACGUCAAAGACCUCCGGACAUGGCUUUCCGGCGUCAUGACGUACAUCUACACCUGCGCUGACGGCUUCGACAAGCCGGAGCUUAAGGAGGCCAUGGACAAGGUGCUGCAGAACUCCACCGAGCUGAGCAGCAACGCCCUGGCCAUCAUCACCCGCCUCGGUGAGAUCCUGCCGGAGCAAGCCAAAAAGUUGAACGGCUCCACGGGCGGUCCGAGCCGCAGGCUUCUCGGCUGGCAGAUGAGUGAGACCGAGGAGGAAAGCGGGCGCCAGCUUAUGGUCGCCGAGGACAAACUGAACGAGAUCACGGACGUGACAGAUGCAAGCCGCCAGCUCCUAUCGGAGACGUUGGAUGAGAUCUCCGCGAUGUCCCACGUCGCAAACCGCCGCCUUCUUGGCCUUAUGUUCAACCAAAUAUCUAACAACACCGAUGGAGGUGACCUCCUCGGGCGCCGGCUGUUGAGCAUGUCGUCCGACGAUGCCUCCGACGCCACCGAUCAUGACAGCAGGCGCAGCCUUCUGUCCACUCAGCUCGACAGCAUCGCGAACAUGUCCGCCGAGGUAAACCGCCACCUUCUCGCGGCUGAGGUGCCAGACGAACUCGUCGGAAGGCGCCAGCUCCUGUCCACAACGCUCAUGGCAAUCAACAACGCGGCUGCCGAGGCCAAGGGCCAGCUUGAGGCGAUGAACAACACUAUUUCCGGCCGUCCUGACCGGGAACUCCGCGUCAGCGUGCAGUCGGAUCACGAGGAGCACAGACCCGACCCCUACCACAGGAUACUGGCGGCCACGAACGUCGUCGGCACGUUCGACGGGAUCGACGACGGGCGCAGCGGGGUGCCGUCCGGCGAUUUCCCGGAGUGGAUGCCGUCCCACGAACGGAGGCUCCUGCAGCUGCCCAGCCUCCAGAAGCCCAACACGGUGGUCGCCCAGGACGGGAGCGGCAACUUCAAGACCAUCACCGAGGCCAUCAACGCCGUGCCCAAGGACUUCCAGGACCGUUACGUCAUCUACGUGAAGGCCGGCGAGUACAAGGAGUACGUUACCAUCCCCAAGGAGAUGGCCAACAUCUUCAUGUACGGCGACGGGCCGACGCGGACGCGCGUCGUCGGCAACAAGAGCAACGCAGGCGGCUUCGCCACCAUCGCCACCCGCACCUUCUCUGCGGAGGGCAACGGGUUCAUCUGCAAGUCGAUGGGGUUCGUCAACACGGCGGGGCCGGAGGCGCACCAGGCGGUGGCGCUGCACGUCCAGGGCGACAUGUCGGUGUUCUUCAACUGCCGGUUCGAGGCGUACCAGGACACGCUCUACGUGCACGCCAACCGGCAGUUCUUCCGCAACUGCGAGGUCCUCGGGACCGUCGACUUCAUCUUCGGCAACUCGGCGGCGCUGUUCCAGAACUGCCUCAUGACCGUGCGCAAGCCCAUGGACAACCAGGCGAACAUGGUGACGGCGCAGGGGCGCACGGACCCCAACAUGCCCACCGGCAUCGUGCUCCAGAGCUGCCGCAUCGUGCCGGAGCAGGCGCUGUUCCCCGUCAGACUCCAGAUCGCGACCUACCUCGGCCGGCCGUGGAAGGAGUACGCGAGGACGGUGGUGAUGGAGAGCACCAUCGGCGACCUCAUCAAGCCGGAGGGCUGGGCAGAGUGGAUGGGAGACUUUGGGCUCAAGACGCUCUACUACGCCGAGUACGCCAACACCGGCCCGGGCGCCGGCACCAGCAAGAGGGUGACAUGGCCCGGGUACCGCGUCAUCGAUCGGCCGGAGGCGACGCAUUUCACGGCGGGCGUGUUCAUCGAUGGCAUGACGUGGCUCCAGAACACCGGCACGCCGAACGUCAUGGGAUUCACCAAAUGA